AUGCUGGGGACCGUCCUGCUGCUGCUGGUGCUGGCACGGCCGGCGUGCCCAAGCCCGGCCAGCACAGCAAGCCGGCGAGCUGAGGCGCUCAAGAGGCUGCUGGAAGUCUUUGGCAUCGAAGACCCUCCGCCCCCCCCAGCUCACUUCAAGCAGCCGCCCCAGUACAUGGUGGAUCUGUUCAACACCGUGGCCAACGCUGACGGUGUUACCAAGAACCCCGACAUCCUGGAGGGCAACACGGUCCGCAGCUUCUUGGAUAAAACUCAUGGCGAGAAGAUGCGGUUCCUUUUCAUCCUCUCAAGCGUGGCCAAGAAUGAAAAGAUCUUGACCGCGGAGCUGCAUCUCUUCCGCCUCUGGCCAAAAGCCACUGAUGGGCCCAAACGGCACCACUUCUGCCAGGUCAGCAUCUACCAAAUCCUGGACAAGACUGAACCGGACUCCCCCCAGGGGCAGAAGCUGCUGGCGUCCAGGCUCCUCUCACUGCAGGGCUCUGGCUGGGAGGUCUUUGCCAUCACACAGGCUGUUCGCGACUGGACCGAAGAUGAGAGUAGCAAUCGGGGUUUGCUGGUGACAGUCCAUGGCCUGGGCGGGAGCCCCCUCGACUCCCCUGCUAUACAGUUUGCGUCCAGCAGGGACCACCACGAGAGCAAGAAGCCCAUGCUGGUCCUGUUCACCGAUGACGGGCGCCGGGGAGCAUCCCUGCCCACGGCGGACUUCCCAGAUUUACAGCCUCAGGAUCCUGUUCUUCCUGCCAAGAUGACAGUGCCCAAGCUGAACGGGCCACGCAGCACACGCUCACUGGACCGGCUCCAGCCCUGCCAGAGGCACCCCUUGUCUGUGGACUUCGAGGAGAUCGGCUGGUCUGGGUGGAUCAUCUCGCCGCGGGGCUACAACGCCUACCACUGCAAAGGCUCCUGCCCCUUCCCAUUGGGCGAGAACAUGCGGCCAACCAACCAUGCCACCGUGCAGUCCAUCAUCAACGCCCUCAAGCUGAGUGAGGGUGUCAGCAGCCCCUGCUGCGUGCCGGACAAACUCCAUUCCAUCAACCUCCUCUACUUUGACGACGAUGAGAACGUGGUCCUCAAGCAGUACGACGACAUGGUGGCUGGGAGCUGUGGCUGCCACUGA